CUAUAAUAGGAGGAGCUGUCCAAGUGCUGAACACAGAAGCAAAUCAGCACCGUUCCCGAGGAGAUGCCAUACACCCUCACUACCGUCUGAGCUUUAUUACCAAAGGUAAUACGUUUGCCUAUAAUGCUGCAUUUCCACCACAAGUUGCCCGCGGGGGGAGCCGUGGUCCUGCUCGCCUUCCUUCUCCACGGAUGCGCCGUGCAGGCUGCGUCUCUCCCCCGCCACUACAGGCUGCGAGGCGGGGAGAGCGAGGGGCAGCAGGCUGCCUUUUCACCCAGCUCCGAUAUGAUUAAAGCUCUGGAGUACAUCGAAAACCUGAAGCAGCGAAACGGGGGCCGAGCCGAGCCCGUGGAUUACGACGAGGUGGAGAAAUUCAAGAUUCUGCUUCAGCUCGCUUCGCAACAGGAUGAGGUUCCCGGGGACCGUCAGCCCGCCCCCGGCAUCCAGGGCCCGGACGUAACCGCUGGACAGCUGAUGAAGGCGAUGCUCAAGACUCUCCAGGAUCAGGCCGGGAAAGAUCCCAGGAGCGACCGCCGGGCGCACAGGCACCGCACCAAAGACACCGAAGCACCCGAAAGUGCACCAGCAGACUACGGUAAUUUCCCCAGACCCCACAAGAAAUAUCCGCUGAUGUUUGAAGACGAAGAGACCACAGACGCAGCCAAGCGCGCAACAGAAGAUCUGGACGAGCAGUACACCCCCCAGAGCCUGGCCAAUCUGAGGUCCAUCUUCGAUGAACUGGGGAGGAUGGCCGCUGUCCCGGGCCAGAAGAGAGGUGUGUUCGGGGAUGACGAUGAAGAAGGGGAGGACGGGUUCAGCAAGGAUGUGGCUGGGGGAGAGGAGUGGGUCCCCGUGGAGGACAGGGAAGAGACCGAGGAGAUGGUGAACAGGAGCCACGAGGAGAUGGACAGGGCGCUCAAUGAACAGGAGGAAUCAGAGCGGGAGGAGAUGCAACGCCGUGCCAACCAGAACCAAGAGGAUGCUGAUGAUGACACUAAGCUGGUAGAUUACUACCUGUUGAAGGUCCUGGAGAUGAGCGAUCAGACGCAGAAGAGGGAUCAGACCGGCGAUCAGAGGAAGAGACUGAUCCGCCCCUCCAUCUUGGACCCCCGGACACUGAAGGAGCUGCUGGAGCUUUCCCUCAAGCUCCACGUUCCCCCUCAGGACCUCAUUGACAUGCUGCUCACAGAGGAGCUCAGGAAGCUCCACCGCGACCCGCAAACCUUAACCCGCUACACGGCCGGCCAGACGCCCAAGAUCCGCUACUUCAGCCGCAGGCUGCCGCUGAAGAGCAAGCCCGCCCCCGAAGACAUGGACAGAGAGGACUUUCUGGACAUCAUCGGGGUGGAGACCAUCAGCAACGAGUACCCCGUUGUGCAGAGACCCAUGAAGACCCCCUCAUCCACAGACAGGAUCUCUGCGGCGGCCAGCCCUGCUGCAGUCCCGGUGAAGAUCCCGCCACCCUCCGGGCGCCGGGAGAACCUGUUCUUGUCGGAGCUCAACAAGAUGCCCCUGAAGCGUCAGGCCGACGCCGCUGAUGAAGACGACGACGACGGUGACGUAGAAGACGAGGUGACGACCUACCUGGCGGCCAAAAUCCUCACCGAGUACCCCAACACCAUCAGCAAGCGGGACACCCAGGCGCAGCUGAAGGGACAGUUCCCCUACGAGCUGUACGAGCGCGCCAUGAAGGACUACAUGGAUCAGGCGGACGCUGAGACACGCUCAGUGUCCAAGAGGGACACCGAGGAGCAAACGGAGGAGGAGGAGGAAGAGGCGGCGAACCCCGCAGAGGUACAGGGCAUGGAGGAGGCGGCGGCCAAGACCUCCGCUCCGCAAACCGCCAAGGAAGAGGAGGAGAAGGAGCGCCUUGAGAAAAAAGCGGCCGGGAUGUAAUCUGAUCCUCCCUGUAAGACGCAUUAUUAUGAAUAUGUAGUAUUUCUACCGUCUCAGAAAUAACGUUUGGUGGACGUGAUCUAGUUUACACAUUUUUAUUAUAUGAACUAUAGCUGGUAUUAAUAAUCACUAAUGAAAAAUUAUAUAUAGUAACUUUAGAAGCAAAAUCUAAUUUCAUCAAUGACUGUCCCUACUUGCUGCAAGAACAUCUUAGACAUAUUCUAAUGGCACCACAGGAGAUUAAAGGUGCAACCGGUGAGGCAAACAUCUCAUCUGGAACAAGCGAGCUCUCAGUAAGCCUAAUGAACAACUACAAUCCAAUCAGACAAAUUAAAGUUGUGUGACGUUAAGUUUGUUUACAUUUAACGGUGUUUGCAAGAGCGCUAUAGUUUAACCAACAGAGGAAAGGCUUUUUUUUUCCGUCUAUUUAUUAACAUAUGUGAAUAUAAAUGUAAAUUAGGUAUAAAGCUGAACAAAAAAGUCAAGGUUUACUUGGGAAUAACUAUUGUUCGUCAGGGCUGAGGGCUAGUGUUGUGACUCUUGACCUAUUCAGGGUUAGUGGAUUUCAUGUUAUGGAGUAAUUAUUUCUAAGUCUAAAUAUCAGACCGUCGCCUGCCUUCUAACCCUUUCAUACUGCAAAGCUCUGUGUUGUUGGCCUAAUAGUGGUUGUGCUACGUAUGCUCAUUUUUAAACCAUUUUGUACAUGUUCAACAACGUGUGAUCGAUCACAGAUGAAUAAAGCAUCAGAUGUAUUAUUUUUCUUC